UACUGGUAAUUUAAAAUUCUCCUCUCAUUUGGCUACACUUUCAUGUUGUUUUGUAUGCACGUUCAUGUAGUUAUGUCAUUGGUAAUCGUCUUAGUUACUUUUUCACAGCAAUGUCUUCAUCUAACGAAGAUACAGAAAUUAAAGCCACCAUUCUUGGGAGAGAUCUAGGUAGUAUACCUUGUUUUAGGAGUUCAUUUCUAAAUGGAAUUGGUGGUGGACUUGCCAGUGGGCUUACAUACUUUUUGUUCACAAGUAAAGUGAGACAGGCCUGCAACACAGCAGUCCUUUCAUUUGCUGGGAUCACCUUGUCAUACUGGGUCUAUUGCAGAUAUAGAUGGUCACAAAAAAAAUUCAACAUGACGAUGCUUCAAACAGCCAUGAAAGAACAAGGAAGGGAAACUGAAAAUGAUCUCCAGGUUCCAAGGAGACCCCUAGAAAAAAGCUGAACCUUGAUCACAAUGUGUGCAUUAAUACCCACUGCUACUAAAUGACUGUUUGUUAGUUUAUUGAUGUAAGAAAUUCAGGAUACUUGAGUCUAGCUAAAAAGUCUGAAAAUUAGUUUUCUAAUGAAAUAAAAUUCUUCAAUUUUUUCUUUCAAA